GCCCCCUCUCUGAAAGUUUCUCUCUCUAUCUCUACUGUCGCAUUCCUUUCGUGCGCGUCUCACCAACAAAAAAUGACCAGUUCAACUCCACUACUCGAUCAACACCACCUCCACCACCACCACCAUCAUACCAGAACCAGAAGACGAAGAAGAAGAAGAAGAAGCAGCAGCAGUUUCUCUCUCUACCUCUCUGCCUCUCUCUCUCUCUCUCCUCGAAUCUCUGCGCGUUGAUCCCUCGCCAUGUCUCGUCCGCCUCGACCGCUCCUCCUCCGCCUCUCUCUCCUCCUCGCGCUCUCCCUCCUCUCUCCCUCUCCCUCCCUCUCCCAGCCCCAGCCUCCGCCUCCGCCGCCCUCCGGGACCCUGAUCGACUGCGGCGCCGCCGCGCCGACCGCCGCCGCCAACGGCCUCCGGUGGCUGCCCGACGCGCCGUCCUUCGUCUCCGCCGGCUCCCCGAGGAACGUCUCCGUGCGCACCCUGGACCCCACCCUCGCCACCGUCCGGUCGUUCCCCAACCUCCCCGGCCGCAAGUUCUGCUACGUGGUCGGCGUCGCCCGGGGGUCCAGGUACGCGGUGAGGAGCACCUACUUCUACGGCGGGGUCAACGGCCGCCCCGACCCGCCGGUGUUCGACCAGAUGGUGGACGGGACGCUCUGGGCCGUGGUCAACACCACGGCAGAUUAUCGCCGGGGCAGCGCGUCUUAUUACGAAGGGGUGUUCCUGGCUCAGGGCAAGACCAUGAGCUUCUGCGUCGGGGCUAAUGCUCAUACGGAUUCGGACCCCUUCGUCUCGGCGCUGGAGUUCAUUCAGUUGGGCGAUUCGGUGUACAACUCGACGGAUUUCGGGAGUUCGGCGCUCAGCUUGGUCGCGAGGAACAGCUUCGGGUACGGCGGAGCUCCCAUUAGGUUUCCUGAUGAUCAAUUUGACCGUUUCUGGGAGCCAUUUGGAGAAGAAAAUUCUUCGAAAACAAGCAACAAUUUAACUGUUUCUGGAUUUUGGAAUCUUCCUCCACUGAAAGUAUUUGAAACAGCAUUGACUGUGCCCGCAUCACAGCCGCUGGAGUUGCAAUGGCCUCUGGGUCCUCUACCAAAUGCAUCGUACUAUAUUGCUCUAUAUUUUGCAAAUGGUCAUGAUUCAGUAGCUGGGGGCUCGAGAAUCCAGAAUAUAACAGUAAAUGGCGUUCCAUAUUACAGCAACUUGACUAUUACUUCGGAUGGUGUUGCCGUCUUUACUUCGAAGUGGCCUCUCAUUGGCCUUACAACGAUAAAUCUGGUUCCUACUAGCAAUUCAACUUUAGGUCCUUUGAUCAACGCUGGGGAAGCUUUUCAGGUGCUGCCUCUCGGAAGAACUACUCACCCAAGAGAUGUGAUUGCUUUGGAAAAUUUGAAACUCGGCUUGCACAAUUAUCCUACUGAUUGGAGCGGUGAUCCUUGUUUUCCUCAGCAGUACUCCUGGACUGGAGUAACGUGCUCUCAAGGCAGCCGGAUUCGUGUUGUUUCUUUAAAUCUGACUAGUGCGGGUCUCUCCGGAACACUGUCACCUUAUCUUGCUAAUAUGACUGCAUUAACUGGCAUCUGGCUUGGAAACAAUGGCUUAUAUGGACCUAUCCCUAAACUCAGUUCACUGAAGCACCUUGAAAUACUGCAUUUAAAUGACAAUCAGUUGGAUGGGCCAAUUCCCUCAUCACUUGGAGCCAUAAGUGGCUUGCAAGAACUUUUCUUGCAAAACAAUAACUUGACUGGUCAGGUUCCAAGCAGUCUCCUUAAUAAGCCUGGGUUGAAUCUCAAGGUUAAUGGCAAUCAUUUGUCGUCUGCACAACCCCCACAUUAAUGAGAAGUAGUAGCUGAAUACCCUAAAGUGGAAGCAAGAUGGUCAGUGUUAUUGGAUAAGUCAAUCACGUAAUUCAUCGGAUCCUUACUUGAAGUUUUGCCAGUUCAGCUAUGAGUCGCAGAAUGUAAAAGUUGCAUCAUUUGGGUAUAGAGCUGUAUGCACUCUUCUAGCGAUUGAAGUGCCACUCUCUUUGUAAACUGAACAUAGUUCGUUCAUACUUGGUGUAUUCUUUUAUUCACUUGGUCUGGUUGUGUAAGGCUCUCAUACUGUAUGUUGUGUACAGGCAACUCUUUUGAAAAUGAUAUAUUCUUUUGCUUUUCAUUCA